GGGGCGGUGCCGGUGCCAUGCCGGAGGUGGGGUGCGCGGCGGCGGUGCUGAGCCCCGGGGCGGAGCGGCGGUGCCGGGCGGCGCUGGGCGGUGCGGUGCGGGCGGCGGCGGCGGUGCUGGUGCCGCUGUGCUCGCGGCGGGGCCGCCCCGCGCUGCUCUUCACGCUCCGCUCCCGCUGCCUCAGCGGCCCCCACAGCGGCGACGUCAGCUUCCCCGGGGGGCGGCGGGACCCGGCGGAUCGCGACGCGGCGGCCACGGCGCUGCGGGAGACGCGGGAGGAGCUGGGGCUGCGGCUGCGGGCAGAGAGCGUGUGGGGGCAGCUGCGGGCGCUGCCCGACGGGGUACGGGACCGGGAGAGCGUGUGGGGGCAGCUGGGAGCGCUGCCCGAGCGGCAGGGACAGCUGGUGGCUCCCAUCGUGGCCAACUUGGGACCUCUGGAGGACCUAACGCUGACUCCCAACCCUGACGAGGUGGAGGAGGUCUUCACGCUGUCCUUGGAUCAUCUCCUGCGUGAGGAGAACCAGGGCUACACACACUUCCGCACCGCCGGCCGCUACGGCUACACCCUGCCAGUCUUCCUCAACGGCCCCCACCGCAUCUGGGGGCUCACGGCAAUCAUCACUGAGCUCACCCUGGAGCUGCUUGUGCCUGGCCACUACCGCAAGAAGACCGACGUGCCGUCCCACUCUAGGAGGUCAGCCUGAUGGGGUGAACCCCAGGUGCCAUUUUUGGGGUGGAGGGCACUGGCAGAGCUCCUUUGGUGCAGAUGGUGGUAUCUGCCUGCACGUGGACCUCGCUGCAAAGUGGGGAACCGGCGCUGAGCCGUAGGUGCUGCUGCCUCCCUGCGCCCAUGGGUGCCAUCAAACACUGUGAUUUGGUUAAAAAAAACAUGUUUGAAACCACGUGUGGCGGGGGGUCCAAGUUGUGGCACAAGGAUGGGCCCCAGCACCUCACCAUGGGGUGGAGGGGGUGAAAUCCAUCCCCGUGACACAAGGACAGGCAGGAGAUGCUCUGGUGUCACCACAGUCAUGACAAAGGGUGUGGAGUCCCCAGGGAUGGACCUGUGGCUGUGGAAACCCAGGUGCUGCCCCACAGCGCCCUCCCUGCCAGCCCCAGAGGGUACAUGGACUUCCACGGAGUCAGGAUCUCCA